CCUGUUCAUCCAAAACUCAAUCUUUCAAGAUUUUUUCUGUGAGAAAAUUGAGGUGCACCUUGCAUCAAGUACUUUUGACCUUAUCGUGCCAUUCACGACAUUCACAUCCAUUCUAUUCAUACAAGGGCAGAAAUACUUGAAAGAAGCGCGACUCCAGGACAACACUUGCCAGUCCGUCGCAUUCUAUUUUCUCACAUAUGGCCGGUCACUUUGAGAUCCCUGGUCUGAUGACUUCGUCAGAACCAGUCUCAACUCAAAACCAGCCAAGACCCCAAGACGAUGCUCAACCAGUGACCUCACAAGUAAUUUCUCAUCCCUCCACGGAGAUGGAGGUUGACACUACCAUCCCCGUGGAAAACGUACCGCCUACUGAAAAUGGCGAAAAUGGAAAAGAGGAGUUAGAAAAUGCUGACGCUCAAAUCACCGACGCGCCGCCUAGUCCCCCUUCGUUGACCUCGGCAUUGGAGGCUCUGCUUGGCGGUCUUGAUCCCCAACCGCAAGAGGUGAGCGCCACGCCUACUCAACCUAAUGGUGUAGAACAUAAUGGGCAGACCCAAGAGCAGACCCAAGAGCAAGAAACCCAAGGUGACCCUGAAUGGGAAGAAGAUUCCUCCCCCCUCGAAUCAUCAUCAUCCGAUUCAAGCAGUUCAGACGAUUCAGAUGACGACUCGGAAGAUGGCAAAAAUUAUGAGUUACUUGGUCCUGAGGAAACCGCCCGCAUUCUGAUGGAGAUGGAAGGCGGCUCAGAUGACGAAGGCGAGGGGAAAACUAAAGGACUCGGUAGUGGAGCUCAGAUUCGGACUAAGAAUGAGUUACCUGAAGAAGUAGUACCCAAGCCAGAUGUUACCAUCACCCCCGAAAUGACCGUUACCGAACUAGGCGUGGUUGAGCACAUUGUUGAGAAUACGGUCGUGAUCAAGGCCAACACAACGGGCGAGUACCAAGUUGUUGAUACUGGCUCAGUCCUCUGUACCGAAGAUCGCACCGUUAUUGCGGCUGUAGCGGAUUUAAUCGGCAAUGUAAGACAACCUCGUUAUACUGCAAGGUUCACAAAUGAAGAGGAAAUUAAGGGCUUUGGUCUAGAGCUAGGAACCAAGGUGUUCUAUCCGCCCUCACAUGCGACAUAUGUCUUCACACAAGCACUUCGAGUACAGAAAGGUACGGAUGCUAGCAACUGGCACGACGAAGAGGCUGGCGAUGAUGAAAUGGAGUUCUCGGACGAUGAGAAGGAGGCAGAGUAUAAAAGACAGCAGAAAGCUAAGAAGAAGGCGGCCCGUGGUGGAAAGGGUGGUGCGGGAGGACGAGGGAGCCAUUCCGAGGCGCCCUCCUUCCCCGCGGCAGGUGGUUUACAGUAUGAUGACGAUGAUGAUGGUCCUUACCGAAAGUUAGCAAGGCCUUCGAGUUUUGCGCAAGGUCAACCAGCCUCUUCAGAAAGUGGAUUCACGAACAAUCAUGCGAAUAACGGCCCAUUCCGAGGUGGCCGUGGUAGAGGUCAACGGGGCCAUGGUCGCGGGCGCGGUCAUCGUGGAGAUUCGCGAGGUGGCCACCCUCUACCACCCAGACCACCUAGAGGACAAGACUACCAACCACAAUCUCACCAAUAUAACUACAAUCCAGUUCCGCCACCUCCUGCUGCCAACACAACAUUUCCGCCAUCACUGCCUUUCUACGGUACACCUAAUGGUCAUGCACAACCCAGCACGCAAUUCCCUUUUCCAUGGCCACAAAACAUCCCGCAAGGUUUUGUCCCACCCCCGCCGCCUCAAUUUACAGGACAACAAACAGGAACAAACCCAUACUACAGUCCAGAAUUUUUCGCCGCUUUACAGAAUCAGAUGCAAGGACAACCUAAUCAGCAAGGAGGCCAUUGGCCCGGACAUGGCGGUACCGGAUAGAAUUCUAACACUAUGGUUGGUAAUACAGGCAUCGCCGCCCGGCGGUAUGAUAGUUGAGAUGGAAAUUAAGCCCUCAGCUCCGCUACUCAGAAUGGUAGGACGAUAUCGGGCUUCCGCGAUUAUACUCUUAGUGAGAGAGUAUUCAACAUCAUGACUGUCCUUCUGCCAAACAAGGUAAAUCGCAUGCGCCAAAUUUCCGAGAGACGAGUCAUAAGACACAAGGUGAAGUAAGGCCAGGGCGAAUCUCUCCAGUACUAGACGACAUAUUCACCUGAGGGAUGUUGUACAAUGAUAACCUUCGAUAGUUCAACUAGCAUCGGAAGUCAGAUGCGGCAGAUACAAGGGAACAUUAGCCCACGAGGAUAUACGUCUGUGGGAGCAUAGGAGUUUAGGAAUGAUUAAUAAUAAUCUCGGACACUCCUAUUACCAAAUGAAACGAUU